CAACGUUAAGAAGGAUUAGUAAUUUCUUCCAUUUUUUUCCUCUCUCUCUCUCUAUCUUCCUCAAUACCCAUCGCUCUAUUUUGAAGAGAGAGAAGUGGUUUGCGAUUAAAAAUAGAGGGGCGAGAUCUGGGGGUGACCCAUUUCUUCUUUUUUCCUUUCUGGGUUUUUGUCUAAUUUCGGAAUUCCAGAAUCCUCCGUCGUUCAAAAAGGGUUCUCUUCCUGUUCAUCUUCUUCUUACUUUCCCGCUUCCGUAACUGGAUCUUUUAGUUCCCUCUGCUGGGAGCUAUGGGUGUCGAGGUUGUUGGAUUCGAGAUGGUCGAGGGACCGGUGGAUUCGGUAUCGUUAGCAGAUAAUUCGGUUUCGAAAAGCAAGGAAAAUGGAGAUUUAGAUCAAUUGCCUGAAGAGAAUGCGCCCAUAAAGUUUGGUUCUCAUGAAGAUGAGCCUGUUAAAGAACAGCCUGAUGUUUCUUCAGCCUCGAACGUUCCGAAAGAUGCUGCUGAUGAAUGGCCUGCACCUAAACAAAUCCAUACGUUCUACUUCAUAAGGUAUCGACCAUAUGAAGAUCCGAAUAUCAAGGCUAAGAUUGAUUUGGCUGAUAAAGAGAUACAGAAAAGGAGUCAAGCUCGGUUUCAAAUCACCGAAACGCUCAAGGGGAAAAGGGCUGAAAGAGCAGAGCUGAUUACUCAAGUGAGGGCUCUGAAAGAUGACAACCGACAAUUUAAAUCAAUUGUUGAGGAGAAAAUUAAGGAAAUCGAACCUCUUAAUCAAGCUCUUGGCAAGUUCCGUAAUGCAAACAAUCCUGGUCGUAACGGUGGUUUAUGUUCAUCUGAGGAAGAGCUCAACGCUUCUAUUCAAGCUUUACAAUACCAUAUACAACACGAGAGCAUCCCACUUUCUGAGGAAAAGCAAAUUUUAAGAGAAAUUAAACAGCUUGAAGGGACAAGGGAGAAAGUUAUUGCUAAUGCUGCUAUGAGAGCCAAGCUCCAGGAUUCAAUGGUUCAUAAAGAAGCCAUCCAAGAUCAAGUCAAGAUUAUGGGUGGUGAUUUGAAUGGCGUGAGGAAGGAACAUCAAGCAGUUAGAGCCAAGAUAAAGCAAAUCGAGGAGGCUUUGAAGACAAUAGACGAUGAUAUUAAAACUUUGCAAGAUGAAUUAACUUCUGUUACCGAGAAGAGAGGCAGAACGUAUGAAAGCAUGCAGCAACUUAGGAAGAACCGCGACGAGGGGAACGCCCACUUUUAUCAAAGCCGAUCGAUCAUGAGCAAAGCUAAAGACCUUGCUGCAAAGAAGGACAUCAAGGCCCUUGAGGAGCUCGCUUGUGAUGAGGUCGAGAAGUUUAUGUCCCUCUGGAAUGGUGAUAAGGCUUUCAGGGAUGACUAUGAGAAAAGAAUUCUUGCUUCAUUGGAUGUUCGGCAGAUGAGUAGGGAUGGUCGGAUAAGGAACCCAGAUGAAAAGCCAAUACUCGCACCUGUAGAACUUGCGCCUCCUCGAACUGAGGCAGCACCAAAACCUAUCGUUAAACGAGCUAAGGAAGAACCGAAACCAGUACCAUCUGAUACUCUUCCUGCACAGAAAGUUGAUAAAGAAGUUAAACCCAAAGCUGGAAAGCCUUCACGCCCCUUGGAAAAAGAGGAUAAAGCAGAGGAGGAGAUCCCUGGCUUAGAAAAAUUAUCGAAAGACAUCCCUAAAGAGCCCGAAGUCGAUCUCGUGAAAUUGAAGGAAAUGAAGAGGGUUGAAGAAAUUGCAAAAGCUAAACUAGCCAUGGAAAGGAAGAAGAAAUUGCAAGAGAAAGCUGCUGCAAAAGCCUCUCUACGAGCUCAGAAGGAAGCAGAAAAGAAACUGAAGGACCGCGAAAAGAAAGCGAUGAAGAAGAUGACAGCAUCUGGGUUUGCUUCACUUCCUGACGAAGAAUCUGCUCAAGCUGAUGCAGUUGAGGAGGAAUCCAAGGAAUCCAAAGAGCUGGAAAAGGUGGAUGAAAAUGCCGAAGCUCCAGUUCCAGCCAAGACGAACAUCCAAAAGGAGACCCGUAUUAGGAGCCGUGGCAGCAAGCAAAGAGGGGUGGAUUCGAUUCCGAAAGUGAUUCGAAAGCGCAAGAAGGCAAACAACUACUGGGUGUGGGCUGCUCCUGCCGCCGCCGCCGCUGCGCUACUCGUGAUCCUUCUCUUGCUUGGGUACUACUACUACUACCUUAUCUAAAAAAACUAUGAAAGUAGGAGUUAGAAGAGGCUAUGGACGAGACAAAUUUUUCUGUUGAUGAGUGGGUUAGUAGAGGAUCAGGUGUAUUUUGAAUUAUUAUGUUUACUUCUGUUUAUUUCAUCCUUACUGGGGAUGAACUCAGCUCAUAAGGGUCGGCAUUUUAGUGUCAGGUUCACAGUGUUUACUGAGGUUGAAACAUGCGUUUGGUUCUUCUUCUUUCAAUGUAUUUUCCAAAUUUUGAGUUCGAUCAAUCUCCAUUGCUGACUGAUAUAAAAUCUUUGAGGCCUC